UCGAACACUACAAGACCUUCGGCGUUUGACUACGGUGGUACACCACGCAUUGCUUUCGACGACACAGAGGAAUCUCAAUGGAUCCCCAAAACAUAGCCAACCUCCCCUCUCAGCCCACAGAAAAUCGCGUCCUCAAAGCCAAUCACAAAACCCCAGCAGCUAGAUACAACAUCAAGGUGCUACGCGCUCUACAGCACACAUUGAAAGGCAGUCCGGAGGCUGAUCUCGCCAGCCUUCUGCCGUCAACAUAUUCAAAGAAAUUACAAUCGUUCAAGGACUCAGCAGUUCAUCCAUCGACAUCGGCGACCGGAUCCUUUGACUCCAAACCUUCAUUUCUAGAUAACGAUGUCCGCUCAAGAAUCGAUGCUGCCGACCAGUCGAUGACCUUGGUCCAGCUGUCUUCGGAACUGAACGGCCUCCUUCAACCCCACAAGGAUCUCUCAACAGGCCUUGUAAACCUGCUAGCCAACAGCGAGGUGCUCUACGAAAGCGCAUGGGCAGCAUCUAUCAUGGUGUUUCGGGUCAGCGAGAAUCUUGUUGUCAAGGUUACUGUCGAUGAGAGGUCAACACUCAACGAACACCGGUCACUAGCAUAUCUACAACAACAUCAACAUAGAUUUCCUGCCCCGAGACCACACGGCGUGGUACGCCUUGGUCAAUUCUGCCUGCUCUUUACGAGUUUCAUUCCGGGCAUCACGUUGGAGAAGGCAUGGUCUCGAUUCGACAACAUGGAGAAGACCGCCAUAAGUAAUCAACUCGAUACAUUGGUCGCUACUUUGAGGCUCAUACCCUUUCCGGAGAACACCACGUUGGGUGGCGUACUAGGGGGCGGUUGCAAGGAUGCAAGACGAGGGAUCCGUCUCAACUCUGAACCGAUCUUUAAUGUCAAGCAGUUUGAAGAUUUCAUCUUCGCCGGAUCGGAGACGGCUUCGCCCCUCUACACUAAUCUUUUGCGCAGCCUGAUGCCAAGCUUGCCAGCAACAUGCGUCUUCUCACAUGGCGAUCUUCGCCCCGCAAAUAUUAUGGUUUGCCAACGUGAAGAUGGAAGCUGGAGAAUCGUCGGUAUCAUAGACUGGGAGUCGAGUGGGUUCUAUCCGGAAUACUGGGACUGUGUGAAGGCGACAAAUAAUUUGACCCCAAGGGAGCAAGUCGAUUGGUACUCUUUUUUGCCAGACCAGAUAUCACCACAUCGUUAUCCGACGCAAUGGCUGGUUGAUCGGCUAUGGGACCGGAGUAUGGUCAACGGCUAAGGAGAAUGAAAUUUCCAUUACACCCCUGAGGGAGCAUGUGGUGAAUGGUGAGCGAACGGAUCACCGCUUUCAUUCACUCGAGUCAUAGACAAACUCUUGCGACAUGACCUGGCCUUCCUGCUCCUCUUGUUCCUCAUAUUCCUCCGAUUCCUCAUCCGCGUCUCCACCAAAGUCCUGGCCGUAAUAUGGAAGCAUCUCCUCUCUG